GGGGGAGGUGUCAGCAGAGCGCGGGUAAAUCAGGAGGCGCCAGCCCAAGUCAGGCAAGCGGUGCUUCUGUGGAAUAAUCAGGGCCUCGGGGGAAGCGUGCCAAGCCCUUCCCGUAGCCGGAUUCCCCUUGAUGAGUGAAAACGAAUGCUGGAAAAAAUGACUGCAGUUUGUUCCGAGGAUUCGCACCUAUUACCCCUGCUGGAAACCCUGGAGGACUCGUCGUCCUCGCACGCGGAGCAGACGGAUGCUUAUCUCUCCAUCGCUAAUCGUCUAAGUGGAGAAGAUGGCAAGGAUUUCACUGUUCUGGUUGGAGGACAGUUCCCGCGUCUUUGCAAAGUCUUUAAGACGCACAUCUCCAGCCAGAAUUCUGAUCUUAGUAACGCAGCACUACAGGCAUUGGGAUUUUGUGUUUUUAACAACAAAAUUGCCUCUGGCUUAUCAGCUCCCGAGAUUAAGGAUCUGCUUUUAACAUUAAAUAGUAUUGCUGUUAACGGGACCGAUAAAAAUACAUGCACACGAGCACUUUGGGUGAUUUCAAAACAGAGCUUCCCUCAUGAGGAGGUUGGGAAAGCGGUACCCACAAUACUUUCUACAUUAGAAAGUGUUCUUAAUAAAGAAGUUCAAUCACUUGUCAUAGAGUAUGAAGCACUAAAUGUUAUUAUCCGGCUUUUGGAACAGGCACCUACACAAAUGGGUGAUGAGGCUGUCAGAUGGGCUAAACUCAUAAUCCCGUUGGUAGUUCAUUCUGCGCCUAAAGUUCGUUUAAGAGGGGCGACUGCACUGGAGAUCGGUCUGCCUUUGUUGCUGAAGAAACAGCAGGAGGUGUCUGUCGUAACGGAACAGCUCAUGUCUUCUAAAAUUGUUGCUGAACUUCAGAAACUCUUCUCCAGUAAAAAUGAGACUUACGUCUUGAAACUUUGGCCUUUGUUCGUCCGACUACUUGGAAAGACUCUGCAUCGCAGUGGAACCUUUAUCAAUUCUUUGCUGCAACUGGAAGAGUUGGGCUUUAGAAGUGGGUCACCUGCUGUGAAAAAAAUUGCGUUCAUUGCCUGGAAAAGCCUUAUUGAUAACUUUGCAUUAAAUCCAGAUAUACUAUGCAGCACCAAGAGACUGAAACUACUCAUGCAGCCGUUGAGCUCUAUCCACGUGAGGACGGAGGCCUUGGCUCUGACGAAAAUAGAAGUCUGGUGGUAUCUCUUGGUAAAGCUUGGUUCGCAGCUCCCCACGCACUUUGAGCAGGUGUGUUUACCGUUGCUUCAAAGUACUCUGUGUGCGGAGUCCUCUUCAGCUCAAGGUACUCCGCUACGCGGAGCAAAUCAAAGUCUUAAUACAUCUACACCGUUGCAAAAAGGUCCCCUGCCUUUUGGAAGUCCAACAACCCCAAAAAACAGCAUGAACUCUAGCGUGCUGGUUUCAGUUGCUUUUCCGUCUAUUCAUCUUCUGGGGGUUGAAAUGAUACUUCAUUUUCUGUUGGGCCCAGAAGUGACACAAUUUGCCAACCAGCACAAGCUGGUGCUUAGUUUAGAGCCUCUCCAGCACCCUCUUAUUGGUAGCUCUUCCUUCUUCUGUAAACAUGCUGCCACGCUACUGAACUGUGUGCAAGAUGGCUUUAUUAUCAUAGGGAAAGAUGCCUCAGGGGUAGUACUUGGUGCCAUUUGGAAGGAUAUGAUUGAAUUUGUGAAAUCGACCAUGGAGACGGGUAACAAAAAAGAGCGCCAAAGCUCCGAUGUAUUGACCCAUCUGCUUCAGUCGCUGAAAAACAUUGUUAUGUCUGAUGGGCUGCAGGUGGAAAAGUUACUGAGCCUUCUGGAAUGCACUGUUAAGGGACUUCCGCAGAAAAUACUUGGAUCUGCAGCAUAUCAGGUGGCGAAUAUGGAUCUUCUUAAUGGAACGCCAGCUCUCUUUUUAAUUCAGCUGCACUUUCGCGAAAAGCUAUUGGAGCUCGGCGUCACUGGAGAGAGAUUCUUCAUAAACUUUGAAACUCUGGUUGGCUACGUCCUUUCGGGUCCUACCUCUCCUUUGGCGUUUAGUGACUCUGUCCUUGGUGAGUUAAACCAGAGUGCCAAGUACCUUGAGAGCAAAGAACACCUGUGGCGUUUGUGGAGUGUAUUGAUAAAUCCUCUCAUUGAACGCAUCAAUCAAACCAACGAAGUAAACCAAGGUGAUGCCCUUGAACAUAACUUCAGUGCUAUGCAUAAUGCUUUAAUGCUUCCCAUUAGUCACAUCUUCCCGAUCCAAGCAUUUCCUCAGGCCACCAUGAAGACUCUGAUGCGGACCUGGUCGGAAUUAUACAAAUCCUUUGCCCGCUGUGCUGCAUUAGUUACAACAACUGAAGAGAAUGUGUGCUGUGAAGAACUUUGCUCUAGAAUCCUCUCUGUGCUCGGGGAAGACCCCUUGGGUUUACCAUCGUUGGAAAGAAUUGUUCAGGUUAUCACAAUAAUUGUAGAAUGUGUCAACUUUUCCCCAUACACUACAAAGUUUCAACCAAAGACAAAAUCACCACACACUCCAACUGAUUGGUCCAAGAGGAAGAAAGAGCCUUUAGGAAACCUGAGUUCCUUGUUGAAGUUAUUGGUUAAAGUAAUAGAAUGUUUCCACAAUCUGAGUUCAGAUUCGUCAGUGCUGGAAGCCAGCACUUCACCUCUAGUAUCAGUGGGAAGCUCCAUCAUCGGAGUCCUCUCAACGUGCAUCAGCCACAUCAUGUUACCUUCCCUCAUCAGAACGUUGUUUGUGGUGCUCACCAAGCCAGUCUCUCUCUUCUUUGAUAGAAGGUCGGAGUCUCCUAAAGUGUAUAAUAGUCUAAGCAGCAAGUUUGAUAAGCUGCUCGGAGAGAUAAUUUUCUGUCUUGGCUCUCGCUACAAUGGUACCUUUGACAGCGAGCUCCUGGAAGCACUUUCUCCCCUCCUUUGUGCCAUAUUCCUACAUAAAAACAAGCAGAUUCGGAACCAAGUGGCCCAAUUCUGGAAUGGAUCAUUUGCAAAAACCACAGUGCUCAAAUAUCCAGAAGAACUAAAACCCAUAUUAAACCAAGUGAAGUCACAAACACCCCUCCUGUUGCCUGGUUUCACCUAUUCGAACACUUCAGAAGACUUUAGCGCCCCGUACUCUGACAGCACGGACAAUUCCCAACUGGAAACAAAGAUUAGUGGAAUUGAGAUUAAAUCUGCAGGAAAGCGCAAUUCUUUAAUGACCAAGGCAGAAGAGAUUAAGGGCACCCCGCCGCGUACUCCUCUGGCUAAAGCUAAGCUAGAUUUCUCAUCACCCAAGGCUAAACAAAAACUUCUGGAAGAAGAACAGUCUGUUGACUUUGUUUUUAUUCCCCCUGAAACUAAAGAGAGGAUCUUAACAGAACAUCAGAAGGAAGUGCUACGAACAAAAAGGGUUGAUAUACCAACAAUGUACAAUAACUUGGAUGCAUCUCAGGACACUACAUUAUUCAGUCAAUAUUCCCAGAACCAGGAAAACUCAUUGGAAAAACCUCAGUUAACUGAAGAAACAAGUGAAACUGCAGCCAAUUCUAAGGAGAAGCUUUCUGAAUCUUUGCCAAGGGAGUUAAAUGAAGAGAAGGAACCCUCUGUAGAUGUGGAGAUGCUGGACAUCAAUGAGCCGCCUUCCAACUGUAUGGAUUCAUCUGCAAAGGAAGCUCAGAACACGUCAAAUAUCAGCAACAGCUCUACCUCUUCAGAUAUGGUGUUGGGGACACCACCCCAGCCUACGAGUCGCAGACAGUCCUUUAUCACCUUGGAGAAGUUUGAGAAUUCACCUAAGUCUUUUAGUCCCUUGGCACGUACAACAUUUCCAAAGGGAACAGAAGUUGUUUUGGUUCCGGAUAGCCAAGAAGCUAUGGAUGCGAAAAGUACUCUUAAAAACGAAGAAAAGCCAGGUAGUGAUGCAAAAACUUUAAGCACGGACUUGUCGAAAGGUACGAAAAGAGGAAGAAAAGCAAAAUCAUCCCGAAUGGCAGAUGAGACAGAAAACAAACACAAUGUAUCUGAGGUGCUUAAUUCUGAAAGCGCGCAUGGGUCGCUCACAACUGUCGGGUGUAAAAAUGAAGAGUUUGAAGACACAGACUGCAUACCUAAUUCGCAGACUCAGGAACUCCAACCCAAGCCUGCGGAAAUAACAGAGAAUACAAAAUCGGGCAACGAUGUGUCCAAAAAUGUUGAGGCCAAAGAAAACACUCCACCUGUAUCUCUUAACUCUCAAAAUGGAAUAUCUCGUGCUCUGCAAGCAACCGCAAAUCACAUGUCUUUGAGGCGUUCGUCACGAAGGCAGUCUGAAAUACUGGAAGGGGUGAGAAAUGAGAGCGUGAGCCUUAAGCAAGAGCUGGCAAAGGAUGAGGAAAACGUGGCUACAAAGAAAAUGCCACAAUCCAGAGACUCGUCACAGCGGCAGCAACGGGAAAAGUCAACUGAACAUGGUACUGCCGAAAAAUCAGUGGUGGAAGGUGCUAAAAAUGAGGUAAAGAUUGCCAACGUGAACCAGGAAGAUGAUCUCGCAAAUUCUAGUCAAGAGCCGACUAGAAGUAGACCCAGAUACAAGACUAGACGAUCCGUGCAAGCGCUUCUAACGGGGGCUGAAAUUUCAGAGUCUGAUGGCUCAGAGACCAGAGAAGAAACUCCCAAAAGAAAACGAUCUCAGAGGAGCAAGUCUAAAAGUUUUGAACAUUCUGAAAACGAUCCGUCUGAAAGUACUCAAGAGAUUGUGCCGGAAAGUGGGAAUAAGACAGAAUCCCAGCCUUCUCUAGAAAACACCAAAUCUGUGGUUGAAAUGGAAGUAGAUGUUGAGAAUACUCGAAAUGUUGAAAUGGAUAAUAAAACCUACUCAAUCCUCGCAGACAGUACUAUCUCGCGUACAAAAACCAUUACUGCUGACGUUAGCGUGGAGCCGGAGCCGCCGCUGAAUACCAGCGAGGUAAACAAAACUUACAACGUUACGAAAAAUUCCACGUAUGACACCAAGACGAUGCAGAGUCUGAUGACUGAGCCUACUAUUGGCGAUUAUUCGACAGCCGUUUCCGAUGUCUUUCAAAAUUCAGAAAGUAAACAGGAGUCUUUUUAUUGUCCCCAUAAGAGAAGCAAAAGAGUGAGACGGUCAAAGAGUUGCGAUUGCUGCUCUGAAGCGUCGGCUCAGCAGCAGAAGUCGGAGGGAGAAAACACGAACAGUAAAAAGAAAAUGUUGCCCAGAGUAGCCGGGCAUGAAGUGUCCACCACAGAGUCUCAGUUCAAUGAUUCAGUCUUCUCUGGGCCGAGUGCUGUUAGCACCCCUCUGGCUAUGACCAAGGAGGAUCAAUGCUUUUUCAAGCCUGGUGUUAGUGAGGUGAAAUCAGACACCGAAUCGGAACAGGAAAACACGGCUGUCCCAACUAACGAUAGCAGCAGCGAGUUGGGAGUUACCCAAGUGUUUGUUCAGGCAAAAGCCAUUGACGCUUCUGAGGAGCUAGCAGAGGAUCCUGAUGUUACAGUGGCAAAAACAUCUGAGAAGCUAGCAGAGGAGCCUAAAGCUGGGACAGAAACUUCUAUGGAGGUACCAGAGGAGCCUAAAGCUAUGGUGACAACGUCGGAGGAGCCUAAAGCUACUGAGACAAAGCUUUCUGAGGAGGUGUUGGAGGAGCCUAAAGCUACUGAGACAAAGCUUUCUGAGGAAGAGCCAGAGGAGCCCAAAGUUACUGAGACAAAGCUUUCUGAGGAGGAGCCAGAGGAGCCCAAAGUUACUGAGACAAAGCUUUCUGAGGAGGAGCCAGAGGAGCCUGAAGUUACUGAGACAAAGCUUUCUGAGGAGGAGCCAGAGGAGCCUGAAGUUACUGAGACAAAGCUUUCUGAGAAGAUGUUGGAGUCUAAAGUUACGGAAACGACGCUUUCUGAGGAGGUGCCAGAGGAGCCUAAAGUUAUGGAAACGACGCUUUCUGAGGAGGUGCCAGAGGAGCCUAAAGUUAUGGAAACGGCGCUUUCUGAGGAGGUGCCAGAGGAGCCCAAAGCUUCUGGGCCAGGGCUGGUCGAAGCCAGCGAUGAGACAAAAAUUUCUGAGGAAGUGUUGGAGGAGCCUAAAGUUACUGAGACAAGAAAUUCUGAGUCGGGGCUGGAUGAGGCCAAAGUUACCGAAAUAAACGGUUGGGAUAUUUCAGAAGAAGCGACAACAGAGAAUACAACUUUGGAAAAUGUUGUUCAACAUUCAGACGACAAAGAGCCCUCGGUUUCAGAUGCAGUAGAAGAUAUGAUUAGCUACAAAACAUUUGAUGUAGAAACGACUGUGUCUGGAACAGACCAAGAAGAUAUGGACACAGAGCAGAGUGUACUCGAUGAAAACAGCUCCUUAAAACCGGAGUCGUCUCUGUGUUCUGUGGAGACCGGCCACUUGCCUGUCCCUGAUAAAGAAAUGGGCCAAAGUGUGUCUGUUGCGGCUACGGAAACAUGUGCUGCCAACAUCCCAGAAAAUAUUACUAUCGAAGGCCUACCCCAAGUUAGGUCCGAUACGGAUUCACCUCCAAAGAUAAAGGGACUGGUUUCUUUAACCAUAGCGAAUGACAGUCCUGGUGGCUGCUGCAGCUGGUCUCCUUCAGCUUCUCCAUCCACAAGUAUUUUAAAGAAAGGCCUAAAGAGACAGCAAGAAAUGGACUCUCCAUCACCAAUUAACAAGAUCCGCCGAGUCUCUUUUGCUGAUCCCAUAUAUCAGGAAGGAUUGGCAGAUGACAUUGAUAGGAGAAGCCCUGUUGUAAGGAGUCAUUCUUCAAGCGGAUCACCAUCUUCUAGAAGUCUUAAAAUGUUAACGGCAGUGCAGCCAAAGCUCAAUACAACUCCAACCAAAGGAUUCACAUCCCCAUCAUCACGUAUACUUGGUCUUAAAAGCUCAAAGAAAAAUUUGAUUUCAGAAAUGACCAAAGAAUCCAUGCCAUCUCCAAAAGAAAGUGUUUACCCCGCUCUAAUGAACUGUACCACGCCAGUCGAUGUCAUCCUGCCUCAGAUUACUUCUAAUAUGUGGGCAAGAGGACUAGGACAGUUAAUACGUGCAAAGAACAUUAAAACAAUUGGUGAUCUCAGUACACUGACACCUUCAGAAAUAAAGACACUGCCUGUCCGCUCCCCCAAAAUUUCCACGGUGAAGAAAGCUCUCCGGAUCUACCAUGAGCAGCAGACCAAGGCCAAAGGAUUUGAUGAAUUUGCUGUUCUUGGGGAGACUGAAAAGCUACUCGGUGGUAUUGAUGAGAAGUCAUCUUCAGCAGAUGAAGAGAAACUUGCAACAGAUUUGAUCGAACCAUCGGCCACUGGCUUGGGCCCUCCGUCGACUUUGGACGUCUUAUCUCAGAUCAGUGCGCUUUCCCUGCAGAUGGCUUCAGAGGACUUCGGCAAAUACUCCGGCAGCCAACUCUUUGAAGCACAGGAGAAACUUGGACAAAUGUCCAGCUGCAUCCUCAAACAUCUGCAGUCCCGGUGGACAUCUCCUCCUCACGGCAGCUCCGUGCCGGCCGAGACUGGGUCAUAAACACGUUAAACGUUCUCCUGCAUGCGGGACUUUUUUUUUUACUCCUUUUUACGGAAGUUCAAGAUCGGCCAAGUGUUAUUUUUAAGAUUAUCAUGUGUGGUC